AUGAGCUAUAGAUAUUCUAUCGGAAACAUUUUUCAAGAAGGCGGAGAUAAUGAGAACUCCGGACUCGGCCAAGCAGGUUGUAUGUUGAUAGAAGCAGUAACUGGUUCGGAUACUUUCAAAAAAACACUCAGCGAUUAUACUGAAAAGAUGUGCAGUAAUAUCACAGACGACGCCAGUAUGGAGGCUCAAAAGAAAGCUUAUUACGAGUACAUCGACGGUAUGCUGGGAGAGAACGAUUGCGACUCGCUCGAAAAAGCUUUUGAAUGGCCUUGUAGCGACUCAACUAUCGUUUCUGCUUCUCCAAUCAUCUUUGCCAUUUUACUGGUCUUCUUUUUGAUGAAAUAA